GCCUGAGCGCGGCGGAGCGGCGUGCGGUCGCCGGGCGGCCAUGGAGGUGUACAUCCCCUCCUUUCGCUACGAGGAGAGCGAGCUGGAGCGGGGCUACACGGUCUUCAAAAUAGAAGUGCUGAUGAGUGGAAGGAAGCAUUUUGUGGAGAAGAGGUAUAGUGAAUUCCAUGCUCUCCAUAAAAAGCUCAAGAAAUGCAUAAGGACUCCAGAGAUCCCUUCAAAGCAUGUGAGGAACUGGGUCCCAAAGGUCUUGGAACAGAGACGACAAGGCUUGGAGUUGUACUUGCAGACAGUCAUUUUAGAAAAUGAAGAGCUUCCUAAAAUAUUUCUCGAUUUCCUGAAUGUUCGACAUGUACCUACCCUGCCAAAAGCAGAAAGCUGUGGCUCUUUUGAUGAAACAGAGUCUGAAGAAUCAAGCAGCAAACUGUCCCACCAGCCUGUGCUGCUGUUCCUGAGGGAUCCCUAUGUCUUGCCUAAAGCCAAUGAUAACUUUCCAAAUGUGGUUAUAGAAGGCAUCCUACAUGGAAUAUUUUAUCCUCAUUUACUGCCAAGGUAGAAGAGAUUCACGGCUAGAAGAAGCUGAAGCAAGUCUCUAAGUAAUGUUUAAUCAGAUUAGUAAGAAGGAAAUGGUGAUGUGAUUUUUGUGCUCAAAAUCAAGAGGCACAACCUCUGCUUAACUUCAAGUGUUACUUUUUUUUUUUAAUCAGUGUCACUACUGUUGCUGCUUUUAAAAAGAUUUGGAAACAAGCAUACAGAAGGUAGUUGUACCUUGUUGAUAGACUCUUUGUAACUAUUUAACACUACAAGCUGAACAUCAUACACUGAGUUACAUUAUCCUUUGAAAAGAAUUAAAAGCUGUACUAAUGUUUUCUACCGUUUCUAUCCUAAAUUACACUAAACCUUUUUGCACCAGGCUUUUUCUCAGCACACAGGCCCAUUGCUGGCAGUGGAUGGAUUGAAAGUGCUGGCACUGAAGUGAAUGCAUGAGAAACUGAGGAAUUUGCUGAGCAUUUUUCUCAAGUUAUUUUCAAUUUGCUUCUUAAUUAUUGGUUGGAAAAGAGCCAACGCGGGUAUGUGCAGUUGCCAUGAGAAAUCAUGCUUUUAUGUUCUGAAAUACGUAGCUCUCUUUUAGAAAAUUGUCCAGAUUUCAGUCACAGUGAUGCUAUCUACCAGGGGAUCUUCACUCAAUUAUGACACAUAACCUGUGUGUAUUCUUACUCUUUAUUUUGCAGACUGUAUUCUGUAUCUUAGCAUUUUAUAAGUCACAGAGCAUACGAACUUUAGCUUACUAAAGUUUGAUUAAGUAGUAACAUGUCAAAACUCAUAUAUAUACUUGUGUGUAUAUAUAUUCAGAUUUAACUGGAAAUUGUGUGCUACUGGAGAUUACAAAAUAAAUUACUAGAACGUUGA